CAACAAUUCCGUUCCUUUUUAAAAAUUAUUUUCUUGGUCCUGCCGUGCCGAAUUAUUUUUCAAUUUUUUAAACUCAAUUUUCUUCUUCCGCUUGUUUAUGUCGUCGUUUUCCUAUUGCCUUUUCUCUGGGUUUCUGCAAAUCCUUAAUUCUGGGAAUUUUUAUCAUCUAAUCUGACGAUUUCAGUCUCUGGGUCUUCCUUAUUUCUCUUGAAAAAGGUUUCUUUUAACGAGCUAUGGGGAUUUAGUGAAUGAUUUUCAUUGGUUUUGGAGAUAAUUUUUUUUUAAAAAUGAGGGAAUUUCCUGGAACUCCAGGGACGUUGACAAGCCUGUUUUUGAGGAUUAUACAGUGUGUUCUAGCAGCUGGAUCAAUUGCUUCCAUGGUUACAGCUCCAAGCUUCUUCAUUAUCACUGCUUUCUGCUACCUUAUUGCUUCAAUGGGAUUGCAAGUUGUGUGGAGCUUAGCACUUGCGGUAUUAGAUGGAACCGCGUUGGUGAAAAAGAAGGUCCUCCAUAAUCCGGUUUUAGUCUGCCUUUUUGUAGUCGGAGAUUGGGUGACGGCUUUGUUGUCUUUGGCUGCAGCAUCUUCCUCGGCAGGCAUUGCCGUAUUGUACUUCAAUGACUUGGGAAACUGUGGAUUUGGAGAAGAAUGCCGAAAAUACCAGUUGUCAGUUGCCAUGGCGUUCUUUGCUUGGGUAGCAAUUUCGAUAUCAUCCUUAAUCAUGCUAUGGCUACUCGCAGCCGGUUAAACCGGUCAUCGUACAGGCUCUCUCGGUGUUCUUCCACCUUCCAUCUUAGAAAAUUUGAUUGGUACAUGCCAUCCAUAGAAAAGGAGAAAGAAGAAAGUGAAUACUGUGACUACACUCAGCAGCAUUGUUUUAUUUCCUUAUAGGUAUAAUUUUUUGCUUCUGGUUUGGUAAAUAAAAACACCAAAUUUGUGAAUUUGGAAAGUAAAUAGAUAUGGGAAGUUCCUCCUUCACAAGCAAGCAAGUUGUAUUACCCGAACAACUAAUCAUUU